AUGCUAAUCCCUGUCCGCUGCUAUUCCUGCGGGAAGGUGAUUGGGCAUCUCUACGAGACGUACCAGCAGCUGCUCAGCGAGGACUACACCGAGGCGGAGGCCCUCAACGCGCUGCACCUCGACCGCAUCUGCUGCCGCCGCAUGAUUCUGUCGCACAUCGACCUCAUCGACGACCUGCUCCCGUACAGCGUGCCCGUGGUGGGGACAGCACCGCUCGUCAACCCGCUCCAGACACCAACGCCGCACCGCAGGUGA